AUGGCGACUCUAAUGGCUGCUCCUCCACUUGCACCACGACCUAUAGCCGCUUGGUCUGUACCAAUGCCUUUCAUGGAUAACAAGGAGAAGCGACCGGCUCUGAAACAACUGCAACAGACUGCCCCAGCUGCACGUAGUAGGAAGGAAAGGCCAUGUGAUGGGUGUAGGCGACGGAAGUCAAAGUGCGUACUUCAGGAUUCUGGACGAUGUGUGUUGUGUGAGUUCCACAAGCAGGAUUGUACUUUUGUUGAAAAGGCUCAGCCUAGGAAGCGGAAGUUGGAUGAGGGUGCGCUGAAUGAUGAGAGUACAAGUAGGAGGAGUGAGAGCACCACUCAGGUGGCGAACACGGCCUCGAAUGUGCAGCGAUCGCAGGCUCAGACGCCUGUCAUUCCAACCCCAAGCAUACCGGCCGCACCUGUGAGAAAACCUUUUGCUGUGGACGAAAGUCUCAGUCUACAACGACAUCGCCACUGCAAGCUCAUCGGCCAGACGACAGCACUGGACGCAUCCCUCAUCAGCCUUGGCACAUUCGAUGAGAAGAACGAAACGCAAUCACGACUUGGCAGACUCCGUCAAGUCCAUACUGGUGAAUACUUCAGCACCCACGACGAUGCCGACGUAGCCGUUCCAGACGACGAGGCACGCGCGCUAGCAGAGAUCGACGCCAUUGUUGGGCAGUAUGGCUCUACACUCAUCGACAUAUACUUUCGCAAUGUGCAUCCCAGCUAUCCGAUCAUACAGAAGCAGGCUUUUCUCGAUCGACAGAGACAUGGCGACAGACAGUUCAACCCGCCAUUGCUCGCCGCCAUGUACCUCCUCGCCUUGUCCUGGUGGGACCAAGACCCAAUCCUUGCGCCUUUCCCAAAACCAGAUAUGAAUCGCCUAGAGUACAUCGCCAUCACCAGCCUUACAAUCGCCAUGCAACGGCCCAAAAUGUCCGCUGUACAAGCCGGGCUCCUCCUACUCCAAAGAGCCAAAGCGAGUACAUGGACACUGACCGUGCAACUCGUUGCUCUAGGUCAAGACAUAGGUCUCCACCUUGACUGCUCAGACUGGAGUAUUCCACUCUGGGAACGGCGACUCCGCAAACGACUAGCCUGGGCCUUGUACAUGCAAGAUAAAUGGUCUGCCCUGAUGCACGGCCGACCCUCUCAUAUCAACCCCGCCGAUUGGGCGGUCCUGCCACCCACUCGAUCGGAUUUCGACGAGACCAUGAGUGCUACCAUCAACCCAGCAACCACUACAGUAGGUCCUGGGCCUACGGGGGCGAGGAGCGCAGGAGAACCAGAAGAUCCAGAGAUCUUGAAGGGAAGACAGAUCUUCAUGCAAAUGAUCACCCUCACCACCAUCCUCUCCGAGAUUUUGACAACCUUCUACUCCACGACCGCCAUCGCCUCCUUCGCGCGAGCAGGCCCCUACGCCACCCAACUCGUCCUUAAUCGCGCGAAACCGGUGCAGAUACGCUUGAAACAAUGGUUCACCGAUCUCCCGGCGGAAUGCAAAAUGGACUCAUUCGAGACCGGGAAACUAUCAGGGACGGGUUACUUGCAUCUAGGCUACUUCGCAGCGGAAAUAAGUAUCCACCGCCGGAUCGUGCAGUCACUCGACCCUGCGUCAGCUGCUCCUACUACUACGCCGACAGCGUCAAAGCCAGACCCCUACAUCCUCUACAUCUGCCGCAGCGCAGCCAAAACCCGCCUCAUCAGCGCCAUGGACUUCGUCAACCGUCUCCGUCCGGAACAUCUCAGCGCGUUUUGGUUCUUUGCUUCCGCGGCCAAUUUCUCGUUGAUAGCGACGUUUGGCGCGUUGUUGCAGGCGAGUAGUCCGGGGCGGGAGGAGGUAGAGUUCUACUCUUCGCGUUUGAGGGAGUUUGGGUGGACGUUGAAUGUUUGUGCGAGGCGUGCAAAGUGGGUGGGUGAGGCGGUGGGGUUGUUGGAGGGAUGGGCGGAGGUGUUGGCGGGAUUGGGGGAGAAGCCGGUCGCUGGUUUGCAGUAUGUCCCGCACCCGAGCGCGAAAGGUCCGUUGGGUUUGCUGGGGUUGGAGGAGGGUGUGGAUGAUGGGAUGGAGGAGGAUGGGAGUGAGGGGGAUGAUGGGGAUGAUGGUGAAGGGGAUGGUGGAGGUGAGGGAGAGGGGACGGAUUAUGGGGUUGGGGAGGUCAUGGAGAUUGAUAGUAGUCAUUGGGAGUAUGCGUGA